CCUAGCGAGGGCGGGAAUCGGGCGGGUCUCCUCCUAGUAGUAGCGGAGGAGGAGGAGGAGCAGAAGCUUCGGCGGGAGCGCCGGCCUUCUGCAAAAGCUGACCCCCAGCCAGCAUGGACCGCUACACUUCGCAGAGGCUGGCCGCCCUGGCCUUGCGGGAGCUGUGCACGUCGGGGGGCUGCCUGCGCCAGGACGAGCUGUGCCGGCGCGUGGCCCUCGGCGUGAGCGCGGAGCUCCUGGGCCCGCUGUUCCAGGACGCGCGCAAGUUCACGGUGGUGACCCGGGAGGAGGCCCCCUCGGCGGCCGAAGGAGGAGGAGAAGAUGGAGAUGCCCAGGUCGUGGUGGCCACCACCGGGGCGCGGCUGUGCCCGGAGCACGGCAGCGGGAAGUGCCAGGGCGACUGCCGGCAGCUGCACGUCUGCCGCUACUUCGUGGGCGGCGGGUGCCGUAACCUGGACGGCAGGAAGCCAUGCAAGUUCAUCCAUGACUUUCAUUCACCCCAUAACCUCCCUGUCCUAAAAGAGCAUGGGCUCGAAAGCUUAAAGGAUGAUGAAUUGUGUCAGCUUCUGCUUCAGAAUGAUUCUUCACUCUUACCUGAGAUAUGUCCAUACUAUAACAAAGGGGACGGGCCCUAUGGAUCUUGCACCUUUAAGAAGAUCUGUGUCAAACUCCACAUUUGUCAGUACUACCUCCAAGGAGAGUGCAGGUUUGGGAGUACCUGCAAGCGCUCACAUGACAUUGCUAACUCGGAGUGUUACGAGAAGCUGGAGAAGCGAGGAAUGAGCCACGCCACGAUCACCAAAAUUCCCUUGAUCUACAGGAAUGCAUAUGACAUCAAAAAUAGCUCAACAGCAUCAACUAGCAGAGAAAGAAAAUUGAGCAGCGGUCAGGUACCAUCAACCACAAGCAGCAGCGAAGAUUCAGAUUUUAUAUGCUUAUACCACAUUAGGAAAAGUUGUAGCUUUCAAGAUAAGUGUAUUCGAGAUCACUUCCAUUUGCCAUACAGAUGGCAAAUACUUAAUGGGACCCAGUGGAAAGAUCUGAAGGAUAUGGAGAAAAUUGAACAGGCCUACUGUGACCCAGUUAUUGACAGAAUUGUCUACAACAGCGCUGCAGACAUCAUUUUCUCCAGUAUGACUUGUGGCACUGCCAAAAUUAGACGGCUCUCCACUGCAUCUUCUGUGACCAUGGCGCCUCACUAUAUUCUCACAACUGAUUGGAUCUGGUACUGGAAGGAUGAAUAUGGGGUGUGGAAUGAAUAUGGAAAGGAAGACGUUGAUCACUCUGCCGCCACAGUGACCUGCUUUGACUUGGAAAAAGCCUAUCAGUCUGAAGCAUCUCCAACACUCGCGUUUUCAGCUGGAAAACACAAAUACGAGCUUGAUUUCAAAGCCAUGAAACAGAAAAACCUGCGUUACCUGACAGAACGAAGUGUUCGAAGACGACCAAAGUUUGUGUCUGUAAAGGAAGUAGAGAAGAAGAAGAAAAGUGGGGCCAAGCAGUCAACAGGAGACAACACGCACAUUCCAGCUCACUGGGACCAGGCAGCCUUGCCAGAACUUGGAUAUAAGCUGAUCACCCUUCUCCCAUCUUCCAAGGAGUACAGAAAUGUCCAGGUUAAUUUUCAGCGCACGAUGCCAAAAGCAUUGAUUAUGAGUAUCAAAAGAAUCCAGAAUUUGGCUCUGUGGGAAGUAUAUCGGUGGCAGAAAGAGCAAAUGAAGAAGGCAAAUGGGGGAAAGGAUGUGGAUGAAAGACAGUUAUUUCACGGGACCAAAAAUGACCACAUUGAUGCUAUCUGCCAGCAGAACUUUGACUGGAGGAUCUGCGGCGUCCAUGGCACAGCCUAUGGCAAAGGAAGUUACUUUGCAAGAGAUGCUUCAUAUUCUGAUAACUACACCAAAAGCAAUUCUUCUGUCAAGACCAUGUUUCUGGCCAGAGUGUUGGUUGGGGAGUUUACGAAUGGUGUGCCUUCCUACCUCCGCCCUCCUGCCAAAGACAGCCAGAACUCAGUCUUCUAUGAUAGUUGUGUGAAUAGCACCCAGAAUCCAUCCAUCUUUGUCAUUUUUGAGAAGCACCAGAUCUAUCCUGAAUACCUCAUAGAAUACAGAAAUUAGGAGGAGCUUUACUUUGGAGCGUAUAACGUUGCUUAUCUGUCUUGUGGGCUGCUUUCAGCAGACAUUUUAUAUUAGGACCUUGGUGUUUUACUUAUUGAGAUACAGAUAUUUUAAAAGCUUUCCUGGUUAAUUUGGGCAGCCUUUUUUAAAAAAACAAACAAACACCAAACCAUAAUUGUUUUAAUGUAAGUUCCUGACACAUCUGUGGGUGGUAAGCACCCCAUUAGAAAAGACCUAAUUUCUCUUUCACAGGAGGGAAUAACUUCUUUGAGAUAGUCUCAGCAAUUCUUCCUUCACCACAGCUGUUUUUUUAUUUGUGAGCAUAAGAUUUGAUUGAUUAAUCAUACAAGCUUUAAUUGACUAAGACUAUGUUAGUGAGAGGGAUGCGGGUGGCGCUGUGGGUUAAACCACUGAGCCUCUUGAGCUUGCUGAUCAGAAGGUCGGCGGUUCAAAUCCCCGCGACGG